AUGCCCACCCAUGUCAUGUCAUGCUUUCGGUUACCUAAGGGAGUAACCAAUAAACUCACAAGUGCAGUGACAAAUUUUUGGUGGAGCACCAAUACACAGACACGUGGUAUGCACUGGCUCGCAUGGCGGAAGCUGUGUCGCCACAAAACCGAUAGCGGACUGGGGUUUAGGGUAAUUGAAGAUUUCAACACGGCUUUACUUGCAAAACAAUUAUGGCGGCUAAUAGAUAAUCCGGACUCACUGUUUGCUAAAGUGUUCAAGGGGAGAUAUUUUCGGAAUUCCUCCCCCUUGGACCCAAUCCGUUCAUACUCCCCGUCCUAUGGAUGGCAAAGUAUUGUUUCAGCUCGACCUCUGGUAUACAAAGAACUUAUCAAAAGAGUUGGUUCAGGUUCCUCCAUUUCAGUAUGGUAUGAUCCCUGGAUUUCUGACUCUCGCCCGAGGCCAGCUAUCUGCAAGGGAAUUAAUUACUACCCUCACCUGACGGUGAAUCAGUUAAUCAAUUCCCAGACUUCAACGUGGAAUCGUCCACUAUUGCUACAAUUGUUUGAGAGUGACGAAGUAACUCUUAUCGCGGGCAUACCGGUGGCAACGGGAUACAAACCCGACUCAUGGGGUUGGCACUUCACAACAUCGGGUCGAUAUACAGUCAAAUCGGGAUAUAGUGUUCUACAGGAACUCUCAGACGAGGGGACACUACCAGUUUUCGGACCAGACGUUCGGAGAUUGCAAGCACAAUCCUGGAAGGUCAAAUGUACUACUAAACUUCAACAUUUUCUUUGGCAGAUUAUUUCUGGAUGUUUAUCGGUUGGCGCGCGCUUAUGUAGCCGGGAAAUGCGAGUGGACCCGCAAUGCGUGAGAUGUAGUAUGGGAGAUGAGACAAUAAAUCAUAUGUUGUUUGAGUGCCCUCCGGCUCGCCAGGCCUGGGCUUUAUCCCCUAUUCCCACACCACCUCAGUACUUCCCCACGGACGCACUAUUUUCAAACAUGGCACAUCUAUUCUGGAAUCUUCCAGACAAUGAAGAUAUGAUGAUGUACCCAUGGUUACUCUGGUACAUUUGGAAAGCCCGGAAUUAUAAAGUUUUCUCAAAUGAUGAUCAUAAUCCACAAGAUGUGAUGGAGUCCGCGUUAACGGAGGCACGAGCAUGGGCAGCGGCCCAAACGGUUGAUGGAGAUUGGAAAAUCACAGAGAAUCGGGCAGGACUUGGGUGGUAUAAUUUCGACCCAGAAUCGGGAUCAAUUUUGAUUGGGGCCCGCAAUCUACGGCGGGGUUUAUCUCCAUUACAAACAGAAUUGGAGGCCUUGGUUUGGGCUAUGCAAAGCAUGCUCCUCCAUAAUAAACGGCGGAUGAAUUUCCAGACAGACUGCGCUCAGUUGGUGAAGAUGGUGUCCAAACCUACAGAGUGGCCAGCUUUUGCGAUCUUAUUAGAGGAAGUGGAGAAAUGCAGAAUGAUGUUCCAGGCGUUCUCACUAUCACAUAUUCCCAGGACAAACAACACGAAGGCAGACAAGUUAGCACGGAGUGCUCGAGCUCAGCCUCAUGAUGUGUAUUACAUAAAUUCAGUUCCCCCGGUCUCGCUUCCCGAACCGGUUUAG